GGAAGUGACGCAGCGCGCCCCGCCCCCGCCGCCAGAUCCGCUGCUGCUGCCGCGGCGGGCGGAUCUGCAGGAGGCGGCAGCGGCGGCGGCGGCCGAGGCCGAGGGAAGAUGGCGGACGGUGUGGACCACAUAGACAUUUACGCGGAUGUGGGCGAAGAGUUCAACCAGGAAGCAGAAUAUGGUGGACAUGAUCAGAUAGAUUUGUAUGAUGAUGUCAUCUCUCCAUCUGCAAAUAAUGGCGAUGCCCCAGAAGAUCGAGAUUACAUGGAUACUCUCCCGCCAACUGUUGGUGAUGAUGUGGGAAAAGGAGCAGCACCAAAUGUUGUCUAUACGUAUACUGGAAAGAGAAUUGCAUUGUAUAUUGGAAACUUAACAUGGUGGACAACAGAUGAAGACUUGACUGAAGCAGUCCAUUCUUUGGGAGUAAAUGAUAUUUUGGAGAUAAAAUUUUUUGAGAAUCGGGCAAAUGGCCAGUCAAAGGGGUUUGCCCUCGUUGGUGUUGGAUCUGAAGCAUCUUCAAAAAAGUUAAUGGAUUUGUUGCCUAAAAGAGAACUUCAUGGUCAGAAUCCUGUUGUAACUCCAUGCAAUAAACAGUUCCUGAGUCAAUUUGAAAUGCAGUCCAGGAAAACUACACAAUCAGGACAAAUGUCUGGGGAAGGUAAAGCUGGUCCUCCAGGAGGCAGUUCACGUGCAGCAUUUCCACAAGGUGGUAGAGGACGGGGCCGUUUUCCAGGGGCUGUUCCCGGUGGGGACAGAUUUCCUGGGCCAGCAGGACCAGGAGGGCCACCCCCUCCUUUUCCAGGAAAUUUGAUCAAGCAUCUUGUUAAAGGAACUCGGCCUUUGUUCCUGGAAACUAGGAUUCCAUGGCAUAUGGGGCACAGCAUAGAGGAAAUACCCAUUUUUGGCCUAAAAGCUGGACAGACUCCGCCACGUCCACCCUUGGGUCCUCCAGGCCCACCUGGCCCACCAGGUCCUCCACCUCCUGGUCAGGUUCUGCCACCUCCUCUAGCUGGGCCUCCUAAUCGAGGAGAUCGCCCUCCACCACCAGUUCUCUUUCCUGGACAACCUUUUGGGCAGCCUCCACUGGGUCCACUUCCUCCUGGCCCUCCACCUCCAGUUCCAGGCUACGGCCCCCCUCCUGGUCCACCACCUCCACAACAGGGACCACCUCCACCACCAGGCCCUUUUCCACCUCGCCCACCUGGUCCACUUGGGCCACCCCUUACACUCGCUCCUCCUCCGCAUCUUCCGGGACCACCACCAGGUGCCCCGCCGCCAGCUCCACAUGUGAACCCGGCUUUCUUUCCUCCGCCAACUAACAGUGGCAUGCCUACAUCCGAUAGCCGAGGUCCACCACCUACAGACCCAUAUGGCCGACCGCCACCAUAUGAUAGGGGUGACUAUGGCCCUCCAGGAAGGGAAAUGGAUACUGCAAGAACACCAUUGAGUGAAGCUGAAUUUGAAGAAAUCAUGAAUAGGAACAGGGCAAUCUCAAGCAGUGCUAUUUCAAGAGCUGUGUCUGAUGCCAGUGCUGGUGAUUAUGGGAGUGCUAUUGAGACUUUGGUAACUGCAAUUUCUUUAAUUAAACAAUCCAAAGUAUCUGCCGAUGAUCGUUGCAAAGUUCUUAUUAGUUCUUUGCAAGAUUGCCUUCAUGGAAUUGAGUCCAAGUCCUAUGGUUCUGGAUCAAGAAGACGUGAACGAUCAAGAGAGAGGGACCAUAGCAGAUCACGAGAAAAGAGUCGGCGUCAUAAAUCCCGUAGUAGAGAUCGUCAUGAUGAUUACUAUAGAGAGAGAAGCAGAGAACGAGAAAGACACCGGGAUCGGGACCGAGAUCGGGACCGAGAACGUGACCGAGAGCGAGAGUAUCGUCAUCGUUAGAAGUGAUCCAACUACUUGUUCUGAAUUUAAUCUUCUGAAAACAUCUGAGACAAAUAAUAGGUAAGUGAUGACAGGUAAAAAUUUUGACUUUUUAUCCUGGAAAUUGUAUUGCUGAGUUGUUACUUUCAGGCUUCAGAUUGUUAUGAUCUUAACAAAGCAAGAAAAAUAAUCAAGAGGACUCAUUGUGUACUUCUAAAACCUAAAAUUUGGAAUUCUCAUCACAUAAUUUGCAUGUGACUUUAGAGUAUUUAAAAUACAAAGUACAGGAAGUUAUUUCAGAUACAAAUAUUAUGUGCUUGGACUCCUAAAAAUUAAAGUUUUUAUCCUUGAAUUAAUUUCAUUUGUCCCUAAAACAAGAAAAUCUGCCAUUGUAAUAGUUUAACACAGGAGAAUGUUACCUCAGCAUUGAAAGUAUUUUUCUAUAAAAACAAAACAGUAUUUUAGGAAAAUUACUGUUGCCCUGGCAUCUGAUUUUUGGGUUUUUUUUUUUUUUAAUAAAAGAGAAGAAGCAGUAUAAAAUUUGCAAAGAAGAAAUAAGUUUCUUGAUUAAAAUGGGUUCAACUUAAAAUUUUAAAUUAUGUGAAAGACAUACAUCCUAGAUUAGAAUAACCUUGAAAUAAUUUUAUUUGAUGUUUCAUUCAUAAAUCAUAAUCAUUGUCUUUUUUUCUGUAUUUUAAAACUAUUUCUUGUGUGCAUUUUUCAUGAAGUGGGAAGAGUUGUCUGUUUAUGGUUCAUUUUCACAUGUAAUUUUAUUUUUAUAUUUGUGAACAGCAUUUAUUCACGUGAAGAGUUUGGGGAAAGCACUAUAAGGCUAUGCAUGUAACACAAAGGUUACUCUGUAAACAAAAAUUUUUUUUAUUUGUUGCUGGUAUAGCCAAAUUAAAUUAGGCUAAAACAAAACCCUCCCUUUAUGUGGUUAUUUUUCAUAAUACUGGAAAACUUACUGAAAAUUCAGUCCUGGUAAUUGCUAGCGUUUAAAUUGUAAUGGGCAAAAUCAAAGACUUUAUCAAGACUUUAUCAAGUGUAUGUAACUGUGACAGAAUAGUAGUUUCUCUAACCGUAACAGAUGUAUUAGCAAAUGAAAUCCUCUUUGAAUAAAACUAAGAAAAUAAUCAUGAAAAUGAUAUUUUUUGGAACACUGAUAAUCUUUUCUACUGUUUAAAAUGUUAGGAGCAAGACCAGUUUUCGUACUUUUCCUUGCAUUUUGAGUAUGUAGCUUGAAAACUUAAAUUUCAUUACAGUUCUCCAUAUAUUGUAUUAUAAAAUUUAAUACAAUUCUUAAAAACAUUCCUUUAAUAUGAGAUAGGACAUCUUUCAGUUUUAAAAGUAAGUUUACUGAAACUGAUGCUAUGUAUGAAUGUUAAGAAUUGGAUGUUGUAUCAUGUAAAUCUAAACACUUAAUUUUAAAGAUGUAAUUUGCCUGCCACCCCUCUGAGUUGAAUAUAUCUGACCCCAUCUUACGAAAAAAUUUUCAGUGUCCAUCUGUUUAAGGAGAUGUGGCCAGGUUGUUUCUUCAGAUGUUUAACUGUCAUUUCAUUUGUAGAUGGGUGCAAGUUAUACAGGGUAUAUAAAUUUCUCAGAAACUGUAUCAGCAAGCUUCUAGUUAGUUACUGAAGAUAUAAUGAAAUGAAUACUUUUUCAGUUAUCUCCAAAAUUAUGUGUGCCCAUGAAGGUACCUUUAAACCAAUAUAAACCCAAAGUUAAUUGAUGACAAUCUUAUUUAUUUCUGAUUUUAGUAAGCUAGUGUAGUCAAACAAGUAAACUUCUGAAAAGCCCAUUGUUAAUUUUAAAUACAUGAUUUAAUAACAUCCCAAUAAUGGUACACUUACGUAUGUCAUGACUUGAGUUUCAUUACAUUCAGACAUCAACUAUGAAUUCCUAAUGUGCAAACUAUUGUUGGCAUUUUUCUUAAUCACUGAUGUACCAUACCAAAAAUCCCAUAUUUUGUUUGUACAUUAAUCAGAAUUGAGUUGUAAUAUUGUUAUGUGCCUUCAUCCAAGCAAAAUUUUAUAAAGCAUUCCAGCAAAAAAAAAAAAAUUGUUAUCCUGGAUUAUUGUGUCUUUGCUAUACCAAACAGUAUUUAUUGUGGAAGUAGACAUGAUUAAAGAGAUGGGAUUGGGAUUAAGGAUACUAAAGUGAAAACCUUGUUUAAACAAAACAAAAAAAUCUGCAAAUUGCAUUACCAAUAUAUCAGGUCCUGUUGACCACUUUAGAAGUUUUUUGAGUCCUUUUGAGCUUUCAUGCAAACCUUAAAUGGACUAAAUGGAUUAAGAGUGACUUCAAAGCCAAAGGGAAUGUCAGGAGUAAGUCUGUAUACAAAUAAAAUAAUAAUGUAAUCUAUUAAUAAAGUUAUGAUGAAUGGCUUAAAGGGCAAGUUCUUAACUGAAAACUUGAUGAUGUCAGCAAGUUGUCAAUGUCUGUCCACUUUCCUUUUUUUGUUUCAACUGUUGGUAAUGUUGAUUGCAUUCUCAUAUUUAAGAUGUAUUAGUUUUUCUAAGAGCAUUCAGUAUCUAAGUUCAAAUAGGUUACACCCAAUGAGAAAAUAUCAGUAUUGUAAAUUUCAGUAUGUAAAUACAUUGUGCUUCAUAUUCUGUAACUUCUGCCUCUAUUCUCAGACCACUCUGAGCAAAAUAAAAGUGCUUUAAGAUUGUAUGCUUCUCACAAAAACAAUUUUACUUUCAUAGUUGAGUUAUUUUCUUUGAGGUUGUGUUCCUCUUAGUAUUUGGAAUAGCCCUAAUCAGAUUUCUACUUACAGUUCAGUUUUUCUUUGUGUACUAAAGAGUAAUGAAGCCAAAUUAUUUUUUAAAGAACUUUUUAUUUAGCCUUUUCCUCUCCCUAAUUUGUAAGAUUUUACAUAUUCUGAAACCAUUCUCUUUUGAUAAUAUUUUUAAACAUGUAUGGGGGCUGGAUUAAAUACCUAUUCUUUCCUUGACUGUAUGAUUACUUAUACGGUAAAUAUUUUUGUCAUUGCAAAAGAUUUGGGAUGCUUUGAGUUGUUAAUCAACUGAUUAGCUUUGUAUUUAUUUUGGUACAGAACAAAGCCAGAAGAGUAAAAUUCUUUCUUCAGUGUUGUUUCAUCUCCUUAAGAGAGUUAGUUGUUGCAUUGAGGCUUGUGUGAAAAUUAAAUUCUUUCAAUAACUUGUGGGAUGAUACUGAUUGUAAAAUGAUAAGGUCAUCUAAGCUCUGAGUAAUAUUUCUGUUACCCUCUGUUUCUCCAUGUGUCCUAACUGCUAUAUCUGAAUGUGCUAGCUCUUGUUUCUUUGGCUUCUAAUUUACCUUGUUUUUAGUAUUUAUAAAACGUGUCUGCACAGCUGUCUUAAUUAAAGUGAUAAGAGAGUAGGAAGUGAUCCCUGGAUGGAUAUGUAGUGUUUUGCUCACUGUGGUUUAAGAAUAUGAGUAUAGUUUUGUUUAUAAAUAAUUAUCUCUGUUUAAAAAAAAAAGCCAGUGAAUCACCUUGCUCUCUUCACCUCAUCUCAGUGUGAAAUUUACUACCAUUGUUUUAGUUUGUAAAUGAGAUUGUUUUGAGUAAAUAAUGUUGAACGUUUAGUUAACAUUGCUUACUGAAAGCCUAAUAGUCAAUAAGGGGGAAGGUGUCAUUUAUGUUCUCCCAGUUUAUGAAUUCUCUUUCUUUGGUGCCAUCUUUAAGUCUCACGGUGAAUUCUGAAUAACAAACAGCACAUUUGAAAUGUUCAUUUUGUGAAUCUUUUUGGGGCAAAGCUGAUUUUUCUUUUGACUAUGAUGAAGUUCAUUUCUGCUAUUUUAGUAGACUGCCUAGAGCAACAGUCAUGUUAUAGAGUAGUAAAAUACCCCUAUUAGAAUGAGGUAAGUACUUUUGUUUGGAGAUAGGUAAAAAUUAGAAUGCUUUGGUAGUAGGCAACUUUUUGUAAACAUCUACAAUAAACAGUUUUUAUAUAGUAUGUUCUGGCCAACAAAAGGAAUUUUGAUUUGAAAAAGAGUUAACAUGUUUUUAGACACUUAUUUCACUUGCCCACAUCAUCUCCAUUCCUCUCAUUAAGGAGAACUUUUCAGAUAAAAGUGAAUUUCAUUUAAAUGAGUUAAUAAAAUUUUAUGAUAAUCCUCUUUUAAUCCAGGUUACUAAUAUGAUAAACCUAUAAAAGAGCCCUAUAUAUAUAUAUAUAUAUAUAUAUAUAUAUAUAUAUAAUGUUUUACUUAAAAAUGAUUUUACUAUGAGUUUAAAAUAUGGAUAUUAACAAAUUUGUUUAGAUAAAUUUCUAACAGAAACAAUCAUAAUGUUACAAAUAAUUGCUUGAUCUUACAGUAUCUCAAAGUGGAAGCCCUUCUCUGUGUUGACAUUUUACUUGCAGAUCAUUGUGGUUUACAGACUUGGCUAAAAAGCUGAGGAUUCCAUUUGUUUCCUAGUUGUAUUAACAACUGUUUAUGUAGGUCUUCCUUUUAUAACUGAUGGCUGAGCCAAGUAACUGUGUGGUUUUGACAAUAUAGAUUUGACCAAUUGCUAUUCUGAAAAUAUGGGCAUUGAAUGUAUUUGUCACUUUGAAACUUCUUUUUGAUAUAUUUGUUUUUGUAGAUGUCUUCUUAGAUAUUUGAGACUAGUAUGGAUUGGAUUAUUGGAAAUGGGUUGUAUUGCCUUCAAAUUUGCUUCUGUUUGAGAUUGUACAUUUGUAUUUUCAAGUGGAUAAAUGUAAAGUGUCUAGAAUUAGAAAUAAAAAUUGCCAGACCAUCCCACAGGUUUUAUGUCUAUAUGAUAAAAAUGAUGAGAUUUAGUAAUAAUUAAGACAUACCUAUAAAGUAUAGGCAAGAUAAGUGCAUUAGUCCUGGGUAAAGAUGUAUAUUGUAAUUUCACAAACAAAAUUCUCUAUAAAAAGUAGCGAAGUUCUCCAUGGGAGUGAUAAUAAUAAAAAGAUUGAAAUAUAUGCUGCAUGUGUUUUGAAAGGGUUGAAUAUUACAGUCUUGUUCACUGUAUUUUCCCCAUUUAACCCAUUGUGUCCCAUUGUCCUAUACAUAGGACAUCUAUACCACUUAAUGAUCAACAAACAUACCACUUAUGAUAACCUUGCACCUGUGUCAGUUUUUGAAAUAUUUGUAGAAUUGAAAACUUGGGACAUAAUGGGUUAACAGUCCCUCUCAUGUCCAUCCCUUCCAACACUACACAGUAUACAGGGAGAAGGCAUUCUGUUAUGAAAUUUAUGAAUUUCCCAGUAAUCCUUUUUUCAGAUUAGAAAAUAUGCCUUCUCUCUUUUAAUAGUUUACUAGUUUUUUUAAGUUUGUUGCAAAAAAUGAAACAUUUGAAAUCUGCCAUUUUAGGAGUUUUUACUAUUAAAUAAUUACACUAAAUAGCAUUACCACCAUAAAGUAAGAUGAAGGUACAAUACAAGGAAACAUUAAUAAUGGUUUAAGUAUCUGUUUGAAAAAUAUGGGCAUAUUUUUAGAGAGUUUCAGAAUUAACCUUUGUUUUUUCCUUUUGCAGUUGUAAAACUUAAGUUUUUACUGCUAGAUAGUGAAUACAUAUGUGUGCUGAUGCUCACAACAUAGUUGGAAUAAAAGGACAUGAAGGAUAAAAUUUAUAGUUGAGAGAAAUUACUCAAUUGUGAAGCAAAACUAUUUUUAAAUUAUUUUUAUGGCAGAAUAUGAUGAAAAAUUGUGCCCUUAAAUCACUAUUGAAAUGGUGUCUUGGAAUUUAUAUUUUAAGUAUCUGAUGUUUCAGUAACUUACAUCCAAGUUAACUGAAUGUUUCUUUUGUGAACCUCUGCCUGAAGUUUGGAUAUAUAUGUAUUCUUGAAAUUUUAGUUCAUGAACUUUAUAUUCUGUUUCUUUUAUUUUCGUUAUGUGAUUUUUCGAUGAAAUUUUUCAAUGUAGAUUCUCGUUUAGCUUGUUUUGGUUCUUUAAUAUAAUAGUAGAUGGUUUUAUAUAGAUGGAAGAGAAUGAAAGGAGAGGAAAUGUUUAAAAUUUGUAUUCUGUCUAAUGAUUUGUAUGUGGAUGUCAUAUUUAUUUAAAUGUCCAUCUUGAGCUAUAUAUAUAUAUAUUUUUUGUAACAUGGAGCACCAUUUGAUUUACAACAAUUGCAGAAAUACCUGUAUGCUGUCAAAUAGAUUAAUCUGUAAAAUAAUAUAUUGAAUUUUAUAUUCAGUUCAGCAUUUGUUAAAUGAGUUAGUGUAGAAUUGGUACAUGGAUGAAUGAAAGUAUUUACAUUAAAAUCAGGCGUUUUUCCAUUUAUUUUUGUAGUAUGCAUAUUUUAGAAAAUGAUUUAAUGAUGUUUCCAUCAUCACAGAAACAGUAGCUGCUGUAUUUUCAUUUAUAUAUCAGUCACUAAAUUUCAAAGGCAAUAAUAUCUAAGAAGAAUGAAAUCAUUGUAUCAGUUUAAAUCAUUAGAUAAAUUGGGAGCCUUUCUCCACCACAAAGGCAGCUACUGUUUCAGUGAGUUCUUACUUUGUGUUAGUACGUAACAGUGAAGUAGAUGCACGACUUGUGUAUGUAUAGUUAAGCCAGCGUUUUUCUGUGUAUUUUGGGGAAUAGCAAAAUCUACAUCACAAAUUUUGACACAUUACAGCUGAAGGAAGAGGAACACCUUCCAAGACAAAACAGCCUUCAUGGGGGAAAAUGACGCUUGUCCAGCAGUUUGCUUCUUGUGAUUGAACUGAACGUGUAAGGAUUCAUGGAUAAAAUGAACAGGAAUAGAUCUGAAUAAAGCAAAUCUGCAUAAAUGGUAACCAGUAGCUCUACUUUUAUUUUUUAUGUUGCUUAACUGUUUUAUUUGAAGGAAACCUGUGUGAUUUAAAAAGUUAUAGCUUUUGCAACUUUAUUACUGGUUAUAUACAUUUGGCCAUUAUAAUGUGCAAGCAAUUGGAAAAAGUCAAGUAUUUGCUUGUUUUUAUAGUAGUUUGUUCUUGUUAAAAAUGUUCAUAUGAUAAUGUCUGUAAACAGCACCACUUUGAUUACAAUAGAUGUAGUGUUGUAAUAAACUGUUUAAUGGGGCUGAUGUGUAAAGCUGUUCAAGUUAUUUGAUGUUUACACCUCAGGGAAAGUCUUGUGUUCAGCAAUAUCUAAAGAUAAUGUUACUAUGACAACAUUUUUACUGUCCUUUAAAAAAGCAUUGCAAUAGCGUUUUGGAUAUGCAUCAAUCUAAUCUUGCGUUCAGUGAAUUAAACAUACUAAUUAAGUGUCUCUUGCCCUUGGUUUUGAUAUUAGAGUAGGUGAUCCCAUGGAAAUUUAAUAUUUCUAUAUUCUGCUUUUCUAGCUGUUUUUACCUAGUUAGCUUGUGAUUUUGCUGAAUGGUAUGUAAACUUGUAAAAACUGAAAUUUGACAGAUGUAGCAAUCCAGUCAAUGUGUUAGGAAUCAAGAAAAUUUGAGAUUUUAACAUUUUAGUAAAAAAAUACCAUACAUAUUUGCUAUAGAAAUGCAGCUUAAUUACAACACAGAUGUACUGAAACACUUCAUUGUGAACUGCUAGCAUUGAAGAGAGAUUUUGACAGUUCUGAUUUGAUGCUGCAGUUAUUUGCUGUGUUUUUUAUUGAUGGUGCUUAUGGUUUAGCUUUGAAACCAUGGGCAGUGUAAAUACAGCCAUGCAGCGGAUAAAUCUGAGUAGAGACCCUCAGUUUUAUUUUCCAGUUUGUGUAGAUUUCUGAAGAUUGUGAUACUUAUUAACAUUGGGCUGUAUUCUCCAGUGAGAGUCAUGGAAGGUUAUAGGCAUACCCUGUCUCCAUAGUUCAAGGAAGUCUGUGUAUAUUCAUGUAACCUGUUGAUUCAUGCUAGAGUUAUUUAAUCAGAGAUGUUCUUUCAAACCUGCUUUACAUGUAGGAGCACCUGGCUGGUGUGUGUUCUUAAUUGCAGAAUUUAGCAGAGGCAGAAUGUUGACUUGAUCAGAUAUUUUUAUAGGAAGGUAAUUCUGAAUCACUACUUCAGAAAUUUGAGUAAAAUCCUUCAGCCAGUUAAUAUGUUUUUAAAUAUACUUUUAAGAUCUGAUUUUAUCUUUUUGAGAGAUCUUUUGGUGAUACACAUUGUUUUUUAAAGUGUAACCAAAUUUUAGAAUAAUGCUUAAAGUAUUAGGUGUACCCUAGAUGGUAAACAGUGUGCAGCUAUAGAAACCUUCAGAGAUUUGCACUGCCAUUCUUCAGUCUCUUCUUGUCUGCUGUCCAGUUGCUUCUCACAAAAUUAGCUGUUUCAAGUUCUCCAUAUUACUGCCAGUUUUAUUUUAAAACAUUUUGUGCUUGGAGUAUUUGUGCAUGGAAUCAUUGGUGUUUACAGAACUGUUUGCUCUCAGAAAUGAUACUUUGUUUUAAUCUUGUUGAAAUGCAGUUGCCUUUAAACGGUAUUUGAGUUGUAUCAAAAUCUGUUUUCUGUUUUUGUGAAUAGGUGUUGUAAGUUUUUGUUAUUUCUUAGCUUUUUUAUAUUUUAAUUACAAUGUGAAGAAGUAUGGGCAUAAGUGUAUAACAAGAGAAAUUAGUUAAUAGUAAGAUUAAAAGGUAAGUAAAAUGUCCAUGAGGAAAAGUUUCUCUGAAAAACUUUAAAGUGGAAUCGCAAAACUCUUAACUGCACUUGAACUUGGAACAAAACUGGAAAUUUUGUACUAAUUGCAUCCUUUGCCUUUUUUUUAUAUUAGUGAAACGUGUUAAUUUCUCCUUCUGUAUCACUCCCCUGCUGGCAGGUCACAUUCCAUGCUUUUUAUUGCAGACAGUGUCAGUGUACUAGAAUUACUGCUGCUCGGCUGUUAUUUUUAAGUGUUGUCAGAAGGACUUCACUUUUUGGUUUGACCAAGUAAUUUGGCAGAGUCCUUCUGUACCUGAUAAUACAUGAAUGUGUAGCAGUAAAGGUAAACAUUACAAGCCUUUUUUAUUCCUCAUACCCCUCUUGUUGUUUAUGGGCUGAUAAUAUUUUUUUAAUUUGUAAGAAAAAUCCAAAGAGAUAAAUCCUUGCAUUGACACCAAAAAGAAAAAAGAAAACAGUGUCUCAGACACCUUUUCAUUUUUUUCCUUAACUGUAGUUGAGAAGAAAACAUUUCAAUUGUGUUUUGAACCAUAGCAUUUAUUGGUGCUAUGCAGUCACAUUCCUUUCAGCCAGUAGUAAAGUGAUGGGUGAGUGUUAACAGCACCUGAAUGGUACUGCUUCCAAAAGCAGCACUGUGAACUGAAGGUGCUGAUUUGGUUCAAGGAAUAUGUUGUGGGAAGGCUAUUCCUGUGUAAAUUUGCAAAUUUAUUUUGUCAAGUUUCAUAAGCAAGAUUUAGAAUAAGUUCUGGCUGUUGAUCAUAAUUUAGCCCAUUUAAUGGCCCCUUUACUCAAAAGGCUCUUAAGCAGUUAACUGCAAUUUAGAGUUUGCAAAUAACUUGUAGCUUAAGGUGUUAAUUUCAUUUAAUUCUCCUGUGGAGAAUAUUGCUUUAUUUUUUACUAGUUAAAGGUCAGUUCUUAAAACAAACAUGGAGGUUUUAAUGAAUGUUGUAUAAUAUUUUGUAGUGAAACGGGAAAAUAGUUGAAAGGGUAAAGACUUUAUCUUUCCCUUAUAUAUAUAAAUGUGCCAAUCACCUAAAUACAUGCUGUUUUUAUAUGAUGAGAUGCUACUACAAAAUUUUUCUGUUGGAGUGCUCUCUACAUUUUGGUUUUCAUAUCUGAAUGAUCAUUGCGUUUUCUGUAUCUUAAAAAAUGGCUCCAGUUUUGUGUUUGAAGCUUCAGCUUAAGUUAUCUUAAGAGGAAGUUUAUGUUCUAAUUCUUUACUGAGAAUACAGUAUUGAGAUUCUCACUGUUUUGUAGAUAACUGCUUUUUAAAUUUUUAUUCAUUAAGUUCAUUUACAUCCCACAGCCCUCUGUAAAUGUUUCCCCCAGAUGUAUGUACCUAAAUGCACGCUUAUCCAUUGUACAUAUUAGACAUUUUUGUGCUAAAAUAUAUUAAGUGGGAUUUUUGUAGCAAAGCAUUCUAUUUUUCUGUUCUUACAGUGUGUGUGUGUGUUUUUUUUUUAACAUUAACCUUCAGUUUAAACACUGGUGUAUUUUUUUUAAGCAACUUGACUCUUAGAAGCCUUAGACUAAUUUUUAAAAUAAAUAUUCAACCAAAAAUUAUAAAUAUAUUAAGAUGUGGCCUUACAUAUGGCAUUCCUUGUGUUUGUAAUGUGAUAUUUUUAAUCUAGAGAAAUCAAGAUUGAAGGUUAAAGUUUUGUAGGUUUAACCAUAAAAUGUGUUAAAAAGUGUCUAGGCUUCUGGGAAAAAGUUCUUAUACUCUUCUUUCUUGACAUUAGAAAGAAGCAAUAUGAGUAUGAAUAUUCAAAAUAUUCAGGCACUUGUAUCUUCAGAUUGAUUCAGGCUUGUUUUAACUAAUGUUUCUUUAAAAUUUCAGGUUUUUGGCAUUCACUCUCUUGAGUGUGCAGUUACUGUGUUUUUUUUUUUCUUUAUGGGUUCUGUAAACCUUGGUUACAUACAGAUGUGAUUGUUUUUGAAGACUUCCUGUUAUAUAAAUUAACAUCUCUUGUUAUGGGAGUCUUAAAAUAUUAGGUAGAAUUUAAUUGAAGUCACACAAAUCUUGAAAUGAUAUUUGUGGAUAGUAAAUACUACAAGAGUUUUUCAUGUGGGAGUAUCCUAAAACUUCACCAUGGGUGUAAAUGUUUUACAUUAAUUUCAUAACUGGUUGGACCCUACAUUUAGUGAAAGCAUUUCAUUUUGAAGGUGUGUUCUUUUUGUCCCACGGUUACUGCAUAACACUUCUCAGCAUUUUGUAAGUUAUUUUCAAAUAUUAUGGCAAACUCACGUUUAUUUUUUUACUUUGAAAAUUGUAGUACUCAGGUGGUAUUUAAUGGGAAAGGAUCCUUUGGGUAAAUCAUAAUGUAUUCUAAGGAAUGCAUCUAUAAAGCAUUGUUGACUUAGCCUUAAAAAAAGGUCUAUUUAUUCUUCUUCCUCUCCAUCCCAUGGUAUAUUAUAGCUAACUAGUUUACAGCCCUGUGCAGCCUUACAAAGUUGUUUUACAAUUUUUAAUGGAAAGCCCUUAACAGACAAACAAAAUGUAUAUUACCAGUAUCCAUGAAUUACUGAAUCAGUUUGUAAAUAAUUUGUCUAAUAUCAGAAGGCCAAAGAAAGUCUUAAAAUUUUAGCUAUUGACUCGUGACUUCACAAUAAGAUUUCUGUGCAAAAGGUAAGGUAUUUGAUCAAAUAGACAUCUUUUUGAUGUCCAUAAGAACUAGACUUCCAUAUUAGCUUCUAUUAAAAAGCUUUUUCCAUUUUAUUAAAAUGUUUGUAAUUACAUUUUUGUUUUUAAUGUUUACUUUGUCUUUUCUUUCUUUAGCAUUUAGGUGACUGUUCAGCAGUUUGCUAGGUGACCAUUGUUGGCCCUAAACUGCACUAGUAACAAGCAUGGUAUUUAUCUUGUAUUGAAAAUAAAUAAAAGAGUUUUGAUAAUA